GGGAAGUAGGAGUGUGGCGCUUGGGGGGCACGCAUCUCCUAGCGUGACGCGCAGGGGCAGCUGAUCCCACUGACUUCACCACACUUAAAGCACUGCACCUGCCGAUGCGCAGAUCAUCUCACCACGACUGCUCCUGGGAUCACAGCUCGUCUGUUCGGAGGUAAAAUGACUUCUCAGAGAGCAAAGACGCUGCUGACACUGGACGCUGAAGCAGUCGGCACGCUCAAAGAAGGAAUCAAUUUCAAGAAAAGCCCGGAGGACGGAAAAUGUUUCAUCAUUUACAAGAGCGACGAUGGCAUUAAAGCAUGCAAGAACCAAUGCAAACAUCAGGGAGGGUUAUUCAUCAAAGACAUCGAAGACCUGGAUGGCAGGACUGUUAAAUGCACCAAACACAACUGGAAACUGAAUGUGUCAUCGAUGGAGUAUGUCAAUCCACCGGACAGCUUCUUGCAGGAUGAGCUUGAGGUGGAGACGUUGGAGGAUGGAGGGCUUCAGCUGGUCGAGUUAAGCCCUGUUGACCCCUGGCUGACUGACCCACGAGAGCCUCAGGAACUCCAGGAAGGAGAAGUGAAAGUAACCUACUUGACCCACGCCUGCAUGGAGCUGCAGCUGGGCCAGAAGCGGUUCAUGUCCGAUCCCUGGCUGAUGGGUCCCGCGUUCGCUCGUGGUUGGUGGCUUCUCCAUGAGCCUCCAGAGGACUCUCUGGAUCGGCUGUGUGCAGCGGAUCUGGUCUACAUCAGUCACAUGCACUCUGACCACCUCAGCUUCCCCACGCUGAAGGUCCUCUCAGACCGGAGGCCAGAUAUGCCCAUUUAUGUCGGUGACACAUCGAGACCCGUCUUUUGGUAUUUGGAGCAAAGCCAAGUAAAGCUGACCAACAUCAACGUUGUUCCUUUUGGCAUCUGGCAGAAUAUUGACGAGCACCUGAGAUUCAUGAUCCUGAUGGACGGUGUACAUCCUGAAAUGGACACCUGCAUCAUCGUUGAAUAUAAAGGUCACAUGAUCCUGAACACUGUGGACUGCACCAGACCGAACGGGGGCAGACUGCCAGAGAAAGUGGAUCUAAUGAUGAGCGACUUUGCUGGGGGGGCAUCUGGAUUCCCCAUGACCUUCUGUGGAGGGAAAUACAGCGACUCCUGGAAGGCAGAAUUCAUCAAGAAUGAAAGGAGGAAGCUGCUGAACUACAAAGCUACACUGGUGAAGACCCUGGAGCCAAAGAUCUACUGCCCGUUUGCUGGCUACUUUGUGGAGGCUCAUCCGUCAGACAGAUACAUCAAGGAAACAAAUCACAAAAACAGUGCAGAGGACCUGAACGCACUCAUCAACAAGCUUGCACCAGAAAUCAAGACUUGGACACCAAAGCCAGGCGCUGUGCUGGACCUCGGCCUUGCUCUGAGAGACCCCACUAACAGUGCGGCCAUCACCGACCCCCCAGCCGGUGCAAAAAUCUACAAGGACAGCUGGGAUUUCGGCUUGUAUGUGGAUGAACUGAACAGUACCAUCCACUGUGAGAUAUUUAAACAUCAGAGCUGGAUCCAGUUUUAUUACAAGUGGGCAGGCUUUAAGAACUACAACCUUGUUGUGCGGGUGACUGAGACCGAUGAAAACUUUGAGCCCCUCACCAACGGCUACGAUUACUUGGUGGACUUCAUGGAUCUGACGUUCCCAAAUAAGCGGCCUGAUAGAGAGCACUCGUACCUGGAGGUUAAAAACAGAAUAGGAGUGAUGAGAUCGAUGGUGCUGCACGGCCGUCUCUGGGAUGACCUCUACAUCGGCUUCCAGAACCGCAUAAGCCGAGACCCAGAUAUCUACCACCACAAGUUCUGGAACCACUUCCAGACAGAGCUGCCACUACGCAGGCCAGACUGGGACCAGUUCCUGCAGCAGGUUCCUCCAGUCGAGGAGCCAGAGACGCAGAGUGACUGUGUGCUUUCAUGAACAUGAAGAAGAAGAUCAAACGGAUUGUUUUCUGAUAAACAAUCAAAGGUUAAAAGAGAAGGAAAUCAGACUAAUGUUGUUUUAAUGUUCUGUGUUAAUCAUGUAAAAUAAAAACUAACCAGGCUAGAACACUAGAACACACUCUACCAACUGUUGUGUGAAUCAUUGUGUAUCGCCUGUGACCAACUUGGCAUUGCACGGCUCUAUCCUGCCUUUGUAUUGAUAUUUUAUCUCCCCUUGAUCAAAUUCUACAUAAAAUAUUUAAACAUAAGCGA